AUGUGGACGACUCGAGUCGCAUACUUACUCUCGUCUGGUGUCUUCGCUCUGCGCGACCUCCGAUCGAGGCUGGAGGUCGUGCUUGCCUGGGAACGAGACAGCGGAAGCAAGGUGCCCAGUUUGAAUGCACUUCUCAAGGCGCCGGAACCUCAGAGAAAGGUCGAUUUUGGUUACCCCCACCUCGCCCCACCAACGUUAAACUUGUCCUUAACAUGUCAGUCUUUGAUGUUGGCACAAAGUACACGUCAUAAAUACCAGUCAGGCGAGGUCAGCUCGACCACAGGCUCGGUCCGAGGACAUCAAAGAGGACAACGACCAGGAGGCGAGUUUGAGCCCGGGGGUCGGGGUCGGUCAUGA